UACUUUAUUCUUUAAAUGGCAUCUGAACUAAGUGAAAAGUUAAUGUCAAGAACAACAUCAAACACUUGCCGGUGGUCUAGAAACCCAGGGUCUCUGCAAUAGAGAGUCCGCUAUCCAUCAGUUUCAUACAAGUACGGUUCAAAUCAGCGGGACCCUGUAUCAAAAGGGACCCUCCCAUGACUCGAUCAUGUAUGAUAAUCGGAAACUGAUAAUCUAUUUCCCAAACAAUUUAUUUACAACAAUUUAAUCAAAAUAUUUCCAUCACUUAGAUAGCGUAUCAUAAAUUGUGACUGCAGCGGUGACAGCAGACCUUGGCACUUAUAGAAGAACGCGUAAAACACGUGCAAUAAUAAAAGGGCUGAUUUCCUGAGUUGUUGUUUUGUAUCAAAAUGGAUGAGAUACAUUUCAGUGCAAAAUCCGACACCAGUUCGAAAGGCAUUUCUUACAUUCAGUCCAUAGAUUACACGGACACGGUAUCACAAGUGAAAACAAUCGACGAAGAAACAGACUGUACUGAAAGACGUAUAUAUUCGUCAUUUUCAAAAGCGGCUGUGUUGAUACUGCUGGCGCAUGCCUGCGAACGCUCUGCGUACUUCACAAUCGUUAACUAUAUGAACGAGUUAUGGCUGGUGACUUUCAAUUCAACAACGGCGUCAGCAGUAGUAGUUCACAUGGCGUUUGUAGGGGCGUCAGCAUGCUUGGGGAUAUUUGGUGGGACGAUGGCUGAUACGUUCUUACGCCCAAUACCAACGUUAACGAUUGGAUAUAUUCUUUUUAGUCUCGGUCUCAUUUUCCUCGAAUUUGCUGAACAUAUUGAGCACUCCAUCAGCACCGCAAAACAUCUUGCCGUGGCUGGACUGUCAACGGCUGCUUUGGGACAGGGCUGUCUUGGCGCUGUGUUACCGGUAGUUGGCGCUGAACAGUUACCAGACGAGAAGCAUCGAAGGCGAUUUAUUCAUUGGUUUUAUCUUUGGCGCAAUGUUGGUGCCAUCAUCGCAGACACAUCGAGCGCCAUAUUGGAAGGAAUUCCAAGCUUACCACUUCACUACAAGUUUCUCAUUUCUCCUCUGUCAGGUGUUCUCUCUCUUAUUCUCUUUUUUGUGGCACUUUGGGUCAGAGAGCGGACACCAUAUGAAAAACAAAGGACUUUUCGUAGUUCAGGGACAACUUUACAUGAGACUCUUACUGUUACAUUAAACUUCUUCAAGAAAGGACGCCGAGAGGCGAAAGGCAGGUUUUCAAAGAGACUGGGCAAAAAAGAACCAGACGUCAAAGAACAACAUAAAAGAAACCGUGUCCGAGAUCUCCUCAGGAUCCUCUUGGUUAAUUCGGCGGUUGUUGGGUUUGGGUUUCUUUACACACCGAUAAUGACGAUAUAUUCGUUACAAGCCACCGGACUCAACAGUACCGUGAACGGACAUUUGUUUCCUUCUCCAUCUACUCAGAUCAUAUUAUUCAACGAAGUGGUGAUAGUGCUUGUUAUCCCUUUUACCAUCUACUAUUUGUAUCCACGGAUAUCGUCCAGGAACCAGCGACUGUAUAUAUCUAGAACAAUUAAGGAGUUUUCAUACAUGGAAGCCCCUGAUGGCUUGAAGUGCUUCAGUAUGGGUUUAAAUCAGACUGCUCUAGGACUCUCAUUUCUAAUCUCGCUGGGUAUAGAAAGCUUGGUGAAAACCUACACUGACUGGUACGAUUUUGAUUUAAAAGACAUGUGCCUGGCCAGUGACCCAAGCCAUUUGGAGUAUUUCUUGGCUAUAUUGGUAGUAAUGAGCUUAGUCUUCUCCGUAGUAUUCCCUUUGGUCACUAGGAUACCGAAGACCAUAGACGAGGAGGGAGAGAAUUUAGAGAGUAAUUGACAGACUUUACCACGAAUGAAUGAAU